AUGAGAUUGGCCAAUCGUCAGCAUCCGCUGAAUUUAACAGUGACGCGUAUCAACAAUGGCAAGUUCCUGGUUAAUCCAAAUGGCCAUCAAGACGUCAAUCAACCGAAUUGUAAUGAUCAGGAGACAACAGCACCAGUAUCACCAGUUGUAUUUCCAAGCUGUGAAUCUGUACCGACAACUCAGCAUGGUCCCACGAUACUUGGUGAUAGAUUUCUACUUGUUGGACCGGCUGAGGGCAGUGCUCUCUACCGAUGUGUUGAUGUCCAUACUGGUCAGCAACUUGUUGCCAAGCAACUCACAGCAAGCGAUAAAGGUGGCGAGGCACUUUUACAGGCUCACAUGAGACUGGAAGGAACAGGAGCUGCCAGUGGUGUUGCUGGAAUAGUCGAUGCAUCUCGUGAUAAAAAAUAUUUACUGCUGGAGGGUCACCAUGGUGAUCUUCAUGCGUAUGUGAGGGCAAGACGGCGACUACGAGAGCCUGAGGCGAGACGGCUUUUUAGGCAAGCCGCCAAGGCUGUUGCUACGUGCCACGAUAAUGGUGUCGUGCUCAGGGAUCUCAAACUCAGGAAAUUCGUCUUUGCGGAUGAAGCGAGGACCCGUUUACGGCUGGAAAGUCUCGAGGAUGCAGUAAUAGUUGACGAGGAUGAUGACAAAUUAACAGAUCGACGUGGAUGUCCUGCUUAUGUAGCACCAGAAGUUUUACGUUCAGGACGAGCUUACUCUGGUAAAGCUGCGGAUAUUUGGUCACUCGGUGUAUUACUUUACACAAUGCUAGUUGGCCGUUAUCCAUUUAAUGACGCCGAGCAUGCAUCGCUAUUUGCUAAAAUAUCAAGAGGACAAUUCAAUGUACCAGAUGUACUUAGUGCACGUGCACGGUGUUUAAUCAGAGCUUUAUUAAGGCGGGAUCCUUCAGAAAGACCAGACGCACCGGAUUUAUUGAGGCAUCCGUGGUUAUCUAAACCGCUAUUAAGUCCUUCGCAUAUCACCGGUAAAAUGUCUAACCACGAUCAGCUCGUUCCUGACAACCAGACCAAUCGUUCUCAAGACUGAUUUCGUCAAUAUUUUAUUCCAAUAAUUGCGUACAUAUUACGAUAAUUAUUAAUAAUUAUUGUGUUUUUAUUUUUUUCUGUUGGUAUAUUUGUUGAUUAUUUUUUCGUUUUCUUUCUUUUAUAAUUUAAUUUAAUUUAAUUUUUUUUUCGUUAAAUCCUGAACAAAAUGGUUAUUAUUUUUUCAUAGAUAAAUUAUUCGUGUGUACGCUUUUUAUUUUUUAAAAUAACAUUCGUAAUUAAAGUUGUGCAUUCACACCUGAUUGUACUGUCAAGCCAAUGUUCAGUUAUUUAUUUAUUAUUAUUAUUAUUAUUAUUAUUUUUUUUUUUUAAUUGUUUGAAUUACUGAACGCAAGUCCAUUCUUCCGUACCUUCGGGUAAAUAUGCCAGAGCGUGUUCCAGAUCAGCAGAGUCUGUGUACACACAUCGUGAUUGCAGAAAAAAAAACUGAAAGAUUAGAUACUUUUAAUGAGAUAAUAAAAAUAAAUAAUUGCUUAAGGGCUCACAAGUGAUAAAAUCAAAUUUUAAAUAUAAUAUUCAUUCAUUUCAUGCCAUAAAUUAUUUAAAAUCAAUGUAUGUAUAUUAAUUAAUAUUUGAAUGAUAUAUCAAUUAUUUUGAGAGAGGAGUUUUUAAAAAUGGAAAAUAUUUUUCAUAAACUUUUAAACAUAGAUCAUGUUUUUUUUUUUUACUCGUAGAACCCUUAAAUAAUUUUUAUUUAAGAUAUUUAAGAACAAGUGUAUGACGUCUUCGUUGAGUUCUAUAACUGUAAAAAAACUUCCUUUUAAUAAUUACUGUUAUUAUAAUUAAUAUUAUAUUUUUUACUCCUUAUUACUGGAGUAUACGGCUGAAUAUUAUUAUAAUAAUGCUUUUGUCAAUGACGAAAUAAAUGUGUAUGAUAUAAAUAUUAUAAGUUGAUUUAAUUAAGUUUUAGGUCUUAAAGUUAUAGAGCGAUAAAACAAGUGAUGUAAAUAAGUAGAUAGUAAAGAAAUGGACGUAUGUGAAGCAUUAAAAAAAACAAAUAUAUAAAUAUAUAUAAAAUA